GCGCCCCGGUGCUCGCGAAAGCUCGCUGUCUCUGGGAGGCGCGCGCCGGCGGUCCUCGGCCGCUCCGGGUACCUGAGGGACGCGCGGCCGCCCCCGGCCGGCGGCGCAGCCCCCACCCCUUGGAGCCAGGCGCCGGGGUCUGAGGAUAGCAUUUCUCAAGACCUGACUUAUGGAGCACUUGUAACCUGAGAUAUUUCAGUCGAAGGAAGAAAUAGCUCUUCUCCUAAGAUGGAAUCUGUGGUUUGGGAAUGUGGUUGAUCAACUUGAGAUGUUGGCCAAAUGUGCCCCAUGUAAUAAAAUGAAAAGAAGAGACAAGAUGAUGUCAUUUUCCCAUAUUGUGAAACCAAAAACAAACGCCUUUUGUGAGACCAAGCUAACAAACCUCUGACGGUACGAAGAGUAUUUAACUGUUUGAAGAACUUAACAGUAAGAUAUAGAAGAAGUACCUUCGAGCUGAGACCUGCAGGUGUAUAAAUAUCUAAAAUACAUAUUGAGUAGGCCUGAUCAUCCGAAUCUCAUUCAGACCCAAGAAGGAUGGCUGUGACUUGGAUUGUCUUCUCUUUUUGGCCCUUGACUGUGUUCAUGGGGCAUAUAGGUGGGCACAGUUUGUUUUCUUGUGAACCUAUUACCUUGAGGAUGUGCCAAGAUUUGCCUUAUAAUACUACCUUCAUGCCUAAUCUUCUAAAUCAUUAUGACCAACAGACAGCAGCUUUAGCAAUGGAGGAGGCUCUGGAAAAUAAUAUACAUCAGUGCAGAAACAAAUUGAUUCAUCCACAUUUGAAAGGCCUGGUGCCAUUCCACCCUAUGGUGAAUCUGGAUUGUUCUCGGGAUUUCCGGCCUUUUCUUUGUGCACUCUAUGCUCCUAUUUGUAUGGAAUAUGGACGUGUCACACUUCCCUGUCGUAGGCUGUGUCAGCGGGCUUACAGUGAGUGUUCGAAGCUCAUGGAGAUGUUUGGUGUUCCUUGGCCUGAAGAUAUGGAAUGCAGUAGGUUCCCAGAUUGUGAUGAGCCGUAUCCUCGACUCGUGGAUCUGAAUUUAGCUGGAGAACCAACUGAAGGAGCCCCAGUGGCAGUGCAGAGAGACUAUGGUUUUUGGUGUCCCCGAGAGUUAAAAAUUGAUCCUGAUCUGGGUUAUUCUUUUCUGCACGUGCGUGAUUGUUCACCUCCUUGUCCAAAUAUGUACUUCAGGAGAGAAGAACUGUCAUUUGCUCGCUAUUUCAUCGGAUUGAUUUCAAUCAUUUGCCUCUCAGCCACGUUGUUUACUUUUUUAACUUUUUUGAUUGAUGUCACAAGAUUCCGUUACCCUGAAAGGCCUAUUAUAUUUUAUGCAGUCUGCUACAUGAUGGUAUCCUUAAUUUUCUUCAUUGGAUUUUUGCUUGAGGAUCGAGUAGCCUGCAAUGCAUCCAUCCCUGCACAAUAUAAGGCUUCCACAGUGACACAAGGAUCUCAUAAUAAAGCCUGUACCAUGCUUUUUAUGAUACUCUAUUUUUUUACUAUGGCUGGCAGUGUAUGGUGGGUAAUUCUUACCAUCACAUGGUUUUUAGCAGCUGUGCCGAAGUGGGGUAGUGAAGCUAUUGAGAAGAAAGCAUUGCUGUUUCAUGCCAGUGCAUGGGGCAUCCCCGGAACUCUAACCAUCAUCCUUUUAGCGAUGAAUAAAAUUGAAGGUGACAAUAUUAGUGGCGUGUGUUUUGUUGGCCUCUACGAUGUUGAUGCAUUGAGAUAUUUUGUUCUUGCUCCCCUCUGCCUGUAUGUGGUAGUUGGGGUUUCUCUUCUCUUAGCUGGCAUUAUAUCCCUAAACAGAGUUCGAAUUGAGAUUCCAUUAGAAAAGGAGAACCAAGAUAAAUUAGUGAAGUUUAUGAUCCGGAUUGGUGUUUUCAGCAUUCUUUAUCUCGUACCACUCUUGGUUGUAAUUGGAUGCUACUUUUAUGAGCAAGCUUACCGUGGCAUCUGGGAAACAACGUGGAUACAAGAACGCUGCAGAGAAUAUCACAUUCCAUGUCCGUAUCAGGUUACUCAAAUGAGUCGUCCAGACUUGAUUCUCUUUCUGAUGAAAUACCUGAUGGCUCUCAUAGUUGGCAUUCCCUCUGUAUUUUGGGUUGGAAGCAAAAAGACAUGCUUUGAAUGGGCCAGUUUUUUUCAUGGUCGUAGGAAGAAAGAGAUAGUGAAUGAGAGCCGACAGGUACUCCAGGAACCUGAUUUUGCUCAGUCUCUCCUGAGGGAUCCAAAUACUCCUAUCAUAAGAAAGUCAAGGGGAACUUCCACUCAAGGAACAUCCACCCAUGCUUCUUCAACUCAGCUGGCUAUGGUGGAUGAUCAAAGAAGCAAAGCGGGAAGCAUCCACAGCAAAGUGAGCAGCUACCACGGCAGCCUCCACAGAUCACGUGAUGGCAGGUACACGCCCUGCAGUUACAGAGGAAUGGAGGAGAGACUACCUCACGGCAGCAUGUCACGACUAACAGAUCACUCCAGGCAUAGUAGUUCUCAUCGGCUCAAUGAACAGUCACGACAUAGCAGCAUCAGAGAUCUCAGUAAUAAUCCCAUGACUCACAUCACACAUGGCACCAGCAUGAAUCGGGUUAUUGAAGAAGAUGGAACCAGUGCUUAAUUUGUCUUGUCUAAGGUAGAAACCUUGUACUGUUUAUAAAGCAGAUUUUAUUCUUUGCCUUUUGCAUGACUGAUUGCUGUAACUCACUGUUAACAUGCUUUCAGUCAAGUACAGAUUGUGUCCACUGGAAAGGUAAAUGUUUGCUUUUUAUAUUGCAUCAAACUUGGAACAUCAAGGCAUCCAAAACACUAAGAAUUCUAUCAUCACAAAAAUAAUUCAUCUUUCUAGGUUAUGAAGAGAUAAUUAUUUGUCUGGUAAGCAUUUUUAUAAACCCACUCAUUUUAUAUUUAGAAAAAUCCUAAAUGUGUGGUGACUGCUUUGUAGUGAACUUUGAUAUACUAUAAACUAGUUGUGAGAUAACAUUCUGGUAGCUCAGUUAAUAAAACAAUUUCAGAAUUAAAGAAAUUUUCUAUGCAAGGUUUACUUCUCAGAUGAAUAGUAGGACUUUGUAGUUUUAUUUCCACUAAGUGAAAAAAGAACUGUGUUUUUAAACUGUAGGAGAAUUUAAUAAAUCAGCAAGGCUGUUUUAGCUAAUAGAGUAAAAGUGCAACAGAAGAAUUUGAUUAGUCUAUAAAAGGUUCUCUUACAAUUCUGUCGAAAUAAUCUUCAUCCAGAGAUAUUCAGGGUUUGGAUUAGCAGUGGAAUAAAGAGAUGGGCAUUCUUUCCCCUAUAAUUGUGCUGUUUUUAUAACUUUUGUAAAUAUUACUUUUACUGGCUGUGUUUUUAUAACUUAUCCAUAUGCAUGAUGGAAAAAUUUUAAUUUGUAGCCAUCUUUUCCCAUGUAAUAGUAUUGAUUCAUAGAGAACUUAAUGUUCAAAAUUUGCUUUGUGGAGGCAUGUAAUAAGAUAAACAUCAUACAUUAUAAGGUAACCACAAUUACAAAAUGGCAAAACAUUUUCUCUGUAUUCAUAGUUGUAUUUUUCUACAGUGAGAUGUGAUCUUGCCAAAGCCACCAGACCUUGGCUUCCAGGCCCUCCUAUAGUGAGUUGAUUGUCUGCACUUGCCUUGCCCAAUAUCCAGUAGGCUACAGCUUUUGCCCCACACCCUUAUUUUCAGAUUCUGGAUCAUUCUUGUUUACAGCUGAAAUAUAUAUAACCUCAGUCCAAAGUGGUGAUUGAUUUGAGUAUUUGAAAAUCGUUGUAGCUAAAUGAAGCAUGAUUAGUAGUCUUACUAUGAAUAUCAUUUAAUCUUAAAAAAAAUCAAGUAAAAAUGUUUAUCUGGUAAUGUUUAAAUAAUUUACAAUAUGAACUGUAAACCUUAUUAGGCAUGAAAUCAAUCAGAAGAGAAAGAAAAAUGCUGGAACAUGCUUGAUGUAUUAUGUAAAAAGCAUAUUUAAACAAGGGUCCUCAACCCUGACUGCAGAUAAGAAUCACUUGGGUUACUUCAGAUGCCUAACACCUUCCUCUCGUACAAAUAAGAAUUGGUAGCUUUCUUAAAAAAAAUUAAAAGAAGCAUUCCAGGUGAUUCUAAUCUGCAGCCUGGCUUGCAACUCACUACUUUAACUUGCCCCUGAUGAUCUGAUGGCAUCAUAUAUCACAUGAACAUCCACAUGGAUUCAGUCUUUCGCUUUUAUAUCAUUAUCUAAUAUUCAGUUGUUCUGUACCUGAUGCCAAAUUCUGUGCUCCACUCCUAGAGAGACUUACUCAGUAAGGCCAAAGUGAUAGGACUUUAAAAUCUGUAGUUAUAAAAAUACCGCAGGUGAUUCUUAUGCAGGUAAUCCAAGAAUCAUACUUUGAAGAAUUAUUCUAGACUCUGAAGAGGCCUGGCUCUGCCUUAUGCUAUUAUAGUUUAUGACCUUUAACAAUUUAACUCUCUGAGCCUCAGUUCCCUUGUUUGUAAAUGAAUAUAGAAGAUAAAUACCUACUCUACCUACCUCACAAAGCUGUCAAAUUAAGAUCAAGUGAAAAAAAUUAUGUGAAAGCUCUUUGAAAACUGUAAAGCAUUAUGAAUGAUAAGGGAUUAUGUUAUUGUGGAUUUAAGAGGUGUGAGGACUACUAUAGUACAUUCCUUGACGUGUGUUGAAUUCAUGUAUACUUUCUUUCUCACCCUUUAAAACAAAAACUGCCAAGAAAUUAGGUGUUGAAAAAGAAUCUUCUCAUCAGGCAGCAAAGUCAGUUUUCUGAUAGUAAUAAGUUGUCUAUUAUGUUAUAUAUUUCAAAGUACGUAUAUGAUAAUAUGACUUAUUCUUCAUGAGAGAUAUUUGAAUAUUUGGCCGAAAAUGUUUUUCAUUUUUCUCUGUGUUCAUUGCCUUUCUCCUUGGAACUGGAGUUAAUGCUCAAAGCAGGCAGGUCUGAAUUCCCUCAUAACUGACAAUUAGUAAACAUUUUCUCUGAAAGCCAAACAUAUAACAACUUACUUAUCAAUAAUUCAUGAAGCUUUUGUCUGAGAAUCUCCCCUGCAAACAGCAUGAGAGAACUAAAACAAACAUUCACAAACAAAAAUAGGUUAAAAUAGAAGGUACCAGUUUGAGCUCGAAGAAGAUGUCAUCCAUUGCCAUCUGCAUUAUAUUAUCAACUGCCAAAAUGUUAAUUGGUUUUCUUUUACAAGUGGGCCAAGGAUAGACAGUUAAGUGAACAUCACUAUGAAAAUCUUAACUUUGUGCUUCUAGAUUCUUAGAUAAUCAUUUGUAUUUUCUCUAUUAAUUGUUGGUAUAUAUGGGAAUACUAUAUUGAGUUUUCAGUUACUUUCAGUAAGUAUCUUAAUUUUGUCCCACAGAAUUUAUGUAAUAUUGUUAAUACAUGGUUUUAAACAACAGUAUUUAGUUUGGGCAGCAGUUUUAAGUCUCAGCUAGCUUAAACCAAUCUGAGUAAGUCUGGACAGUUUUCCUACCAUAUGUUUAACUUUGAUUGGCAUAUGAUAAUGUUUAGUGUUUUCUUUUUUCAGUUGACAACUGAGAAAAUAAUAGUUCUCUCUAAAAUGUUAAUAUAUUAUCAAAAGGUUUUCAAAAAGUACUUUGAUUUCAGCAACAUUGUUUUAUUCAAUAAUUAGACAAAAGAUCUAAGAUAAUAUUAAACUCAAAACAGUUUGUUUCAAAGAACAAUUGGUUAAUAACUCAGCUGGCACAGGGAUUCAUACACAGUUUUUCAAUAAAUAUUUAAAUGAACAAUUCAUGUCACACAACUUGCUUUUACCCUAGUACUGAGUCUCACAUCAAAGAAAUUUGAAAGAUCUAAAUUUAGCCUAUGUGAAAUGAAGUCUCUGUUUUACCAGAAUAAUAUAUGGCAGAAUAAUAUAUGGCAUAUGUAAAUGUUUAAUAAUAAACAUUUACAUGUUUAUUAUGUAAAGUACACCAAAUGAAACAUAUUUUGCAUAGAUAACAGUCCAUAUCACUAUUGUAAUUAAAGAAAUAUAUGUACAGACAUGUACCAAUCCUUUUAAUUAAUUUUAGAAGAUGAACAGUGAUUCUUAGAAGUGAGUAAUUAGACUCCUUUUAGUCUUAUGCUGUUAGAUCUUUGUGGGCCAGCUGGGUAAAUGAAUCUUCAAAUCAACCUUUCUUUUUCUGCUGCUGUUAGAGCAGAUUUAUAAAAAUUCUAAGAAUGUCUUCAAAUUAGAAAAAUUUACUACAUUUUAACCUACCUCAUCAGUUUCUUUGUGAUAAUAGCUGAAAAUAACUCAAAUUGUACCCAUCUUAGUUUAGGCUGUAUCUCUGUGAAAUGAAAGGAACCACUUAAUUUUUUUAUGUAAAUUAGUGAAUCAUUUGCUGGAGCUUAGAAAAUAUUAACAUACCAAAAUUUCAUUAUGAUGAUAUUUAUAUUGCUUUUUGACAUGCCAAAGGUACAUUUACAUAUAACCAUAUUUGGAUGACUUACAUAGUCUAGUGUAAUGAAAAUUCCCCUGGGAUUGGAAUUUUAAGACUCAUGAUGUCAACUGGGCUGGUCAUUUAAUUUCUCUGAGUCUUUGUUUCUUCAAUGUAAAAUGUGGAUAAGGUAAUUUUUGGUUUUAGCCUCCCUCACUGGAUAUUGUAAGGAUCAAAUGAAGUAAUAUUUAUUAUAAUGCUCCGUAACCCAUAAAUUAUUCUACUUAAAAAAAUUUUUUUUAGAGACAGGGUCUUGCUCUGUCACACAGGCUGGAGAGCAGUGGCAUAAUCAUAGUUCAUUGUAAUCUUGAACUCCUAGGCUCAAGCAGUCCUCCAGCUUCAGCCUCCCAAGUAGCUAAGACUGUAGGCAUACACCACUACACCUGGCUAAUUUUAAUUUUUUUUUCUUUUUUUGAGAUGGAGUCUGGCUUUGUUGCCCAGGCUGGAGUACAGUGGCACAAUCUCGGCUCACUGCAACCUCCGCCUCCUGGGUUCAAGUAAUUCUACUGCCUCAGCCUCCCGAGUAACUGGGACUACAGGUGCGCACCACCAUGCCCAGCUAGUUUUUGUAUUUUUAGUAGAGAUAGAGUUUUGCCAUGUUGGCCAGGAGUUUUGCCAUGUUGGUCUCAAACUCCUGACCUCAAGUGAUCUGCCCACCUCGGCCUCCCAAAGUGUUAGGAUUACAGGCAUGAGUCACUGCACCUGGCUUAAUUUUAAUUUUUUAAAUUUUUUGUAGAAAUGGAUCUCACUAUGUUGACCAGGCUAGUCUUGAACUCCUGGCCUCCUAAAGCACUGGGAUUUCAAGCAUGAGCCACCAUGCGUGAUCCAUAAAUUGUUCUACUGAUACCAUUUGGUUUUGUUAGAAUUUGGGGGGGCUAUAGAAAACAAGGUUACAGUCUUCAUUGGUAUUUCUUUUUAGCAGUAACAACAAAACAGGCAAUUAGACUAGUAUUCAUUUGGUACAGUCUUUAAAUCGGCCAUCCAAUUAACCUUUAAAAAGUAGGUUAUGCUCCUAAAUUGUAUUGGCCCUUUAAUAUGUGUUGUACCAGAGUAUGCACUCAAAUUUUAUGUAGUUGAAUUUGUAGAGCAAAUUUGGGGAUAUUCAUUAUAUUUUUCCUUUUAUAUGAAAUUGUAUAAGUACAUUAGCUUGAUUUAAAUUAUUAAAAAAAAAUUUGAAGAAGAAUAUAGACCCUAUAAUGUUUUUUGUCUUUGACUUUUUGGCUUUUAUGUACCCAAUUCUUUCUGAUUGAGAACAAGUUUUGAAAAAGUAAUUCACUUGUUGGUUUUCAUCAUGGCAAAACUUUAAAUUUUAAGUCAUCACACUAUAAGAAUUGUUUGUACACAUUUAUAAUUUUUUUAAACUGUGUAAAGUAAGGAUUUUUUCUCCAUUCUUCACUCACAAAGGAUAGCACUUUUAUGGAACCUAGAUUUACAAAGGAACUCGUGAUUCUUUUAAAUGCUUUUAUGUCGUUUUACAGCUGAUAAAGAAAAAAUGUUUACAUUUAAUUCAGCUGUAUUUCCUAGUAGCUGUAUAAACUUACACAUUAUUCUUAUAUAAUUUUGACCUAUUUUAUAUGAAAAUAAUUGUAUUGGCACCUCUUCAUAAUUUAAUUCUCUUCUCUCCUUCUUUUGUUCCAGUUAGAUGAAUUUGGGAAAGGAGUAGGAAGACUAGGUAUCACAUGCCUUCCGUCUGAUUGUAAUCAGUCUCCUGGGUUUUUUACUAAUUUGAUCUUAAUCCUGUACUUCUUUAGUCAUCAAAUUGAUAUAGGAUUACAAUUUUCUCUCAGGAUCCAAGUCUUCUAAGAAUGAAAAUGUUAAAGUCUACGGCCGGGCGCGGUGGCUCACGCCUGUAAUCCCAGCAUUUUGGGAGGCCGAGGCGGGUGGAUCACGAGGUCAGGAGAUCGAGACUAUCCUGGCUAACACGGUGAAACCCCGUCUCCACUAAAAAUACAAAAAAUUCUCCGGGCGUGGUGGCGGGUGCCUGUAGUCCCAGCUACUCCGGAGCCUGAGGCAGGAGAAUGGCGUGAGCCCGGGAGGCGGAGCUUGCAGUGAGCGGAGAUUGCGCCACUGCACUCCAGCCUGGGCGACAGAGCGAGACUCCGUAUCAAAAAAAUAAAAGAAAAUGUUAAAGUCUACCCACAACCAGCCAUCCUUGUAGACAUUUCUAUUUGGUUGAUUUAUAAAGAUUUAAUAUAUAAAGAUUUAAUAUGAGUUAAACAUGUUUCUUAUUCUGUGAUCUCUAAUUAGAAAUUAAAAUUCUGUUGCCAUAAAUAUAAAAGAAAGUAAAGUUUUCACUUUUAUUUUAGUCAAACACCAAACCACUACGUUACUUACUUCCUGUAAGACACAGUAGUUCAAUCUGUUGAAAUGCAUUGAAGGAUAAUUUCCUUCAGAUUACUUUUUAAAUCAUCAUCUGCCUCGGGAAAUCUAUUAUGUUCUUUCUUGAAUAUUUUUGUUGGUGUGAAAGCGUUGCUUAUACUUUAUGCUCGUUUUAGUGGUCACUGUCACCAGUUUUUCCCGAUAGAGAUUAAAAAUGUUUUUUUACCUUGAAAUAAUUCAGAUUUUGAAGAUUCACUGUUUCAUUAUUUUGCUAAUUACCAUUAACUAGUAAAGUUAGUUUUUAAAGAUUUUUUAAGGUUGAUAUUUUAUAUUUCCUGGAGUAGGAUGGAUUACUUUAUUAUUAUUGUAGCUUUAAGGUUUUUUGUUGUAUAAGUCAGCUUGUUUGUAUAUGCUAAAUUGCAGAUAUUUCUUUGUGUUGUGCUUAUUGUUUUUUUUUUUAACUUAGAGCUUAAUAAUUUCUAUUUUCUAUCCUGGAGUCUAAAAUUAAACAAAAAAAUCUAUUUUCUAAGUUGGCAGGUUUUUUUAACGAUUAGUAAAAUUGCAUUAUUUUAUUUUUAAAAAUACAAUAGGAUUUUGAGUCAGGAAACUUGACUUCUAGUCUUGCCUCUCUUUUGCAGUUAGCUGUGUAACUUUGGACAAGGCAUUUUGCCUCGUGGUGCCUCCCAAUUUCUCAUUCUCUAGGGAACAAGAGAAUUAGUUUACGUAGCGUCUAAAAUUCCGCCCAGCUCUCAUUUGGUUCUCAUUUGACCAUUUUAAAAUCAUUAUUUUGGUCUCAUUUUUAUUCUUGUUAUUCAUCCCAUGAACUAGAUCAACUUUGUAUUAUUUUACUAGAUCCACCUGUAUUAUUAAUGUCAUUUACAUGUAAAUUGAUGGGAUUCAGAUAUUUUAUCAACUUUGUUUUUCCAUUAGUGAUUUUAAGUAAUUUUAAAGAAGGAAAAUUAUAUUACAGAUAAUAAAAAUGAAAGAAAGUUAUAAAUAUUGGACAUGGCUUUUUUAAAUGGGAAAGUCUUCUUAAGCACCAAUAUAAGCACCUUAAAUUGAUAUAUAGAAAAGAAUGAUAUAGCAUUUUGUGGUCUUUGUUCUCUUAAAUAUGAAUAUAGCUAGUUAGCCUAAAAUUUACACAAAAUGUAUUCAAGAUCAAAUUAGUGAACAAAGCAAUGGUUCGUAUGGCUAAUUUAAAAGCUAUUCAAUUUACCAAUAUUAAAAUAAUUAUAAAAUGUAAAAAAAAUUUCAGAGGAGUUGAUUGAAAAUUUUUUGUUCAGUAAUUAUUCUUAAACUGCAUUCUUAGGUUUAUUACAUAAAUAUAGUUGCCAGAUUGCCAUGGGCAAGUGAAUGUCUUCAUUUGAAAUAUUGUUAGAGAUCAAUGUGGCUUGUUAUUUUUAAUUUUUUUCUGGCUAUACAGAAAAUGUUCCUGGAAAGGUUCCUUAAUUGUCAUCUGAUAGAAUGUAGAGAUUGAGGCCAGAUGCAGUGGCUCAGGCCUGUAAUCCCAGCACUUUGGGAGGCUGAGGUUGGCAGAUCACCUGAGGUCAGGAGUUCAAGACCAACCUGGUCAACAUGGCAAAUCCCCUUCUGUACUAAAAAUAAAAAAAUUAGCUGGGCGCAGUGGCUCACGCCUGUAAUCCCAACACUUUGGGAGGCCGAGGCGGGCAGAUCACGAGGUCAGGAGAUCAAGACCGUCCUGGCUAACAUGGUGAAACCCUGUCUCUACUAAAAACACAAAAAAAUUAGUCGGGCAUGGUGGCGGGUGCCUGUAGUCCCAGCCACUCGGGAGGCUGAGGCAGGAGAAUGGCGUGAACCCAGGAGGCGGAGCUUGCAGUGAGCUGAGAUCGUGCCACUGCACUCCAGCCUGGGCAAUGGAGCGAGACUCUAUCUCAAAAAAAAAAAAAAAAAAAAAAAAGUAGAGAUUGCAUUAGUUCCAUGUCUCGGCAGAGUUCUCUGGUAGAUUAAGUGUUCUCUGCACUAGGCCAAGGAAGUUCCUGUUACCUUUGAAGAUCAUUGUGUUUGCUCUGAUUGUCUACAUUUACUAGACAUAUCAAUCUUUUGAACACUGGUUCAAAUCUGGGUGUUGGGUUAGGAUCUGAUGAGUAGAGAAUAGUGGAAAGUUCAUAUAGGAAGGUAUACUGGUUUCUGCUGUGAUUCUUUAGCUACAUUUAUUCCUUGUCUUAUGUCAUUUCACUGGAUCAUGUAACUCUCCUGGCUUUCAGAAAUUAAAUUAGAUGCCCAGCCUUUCUCGUUAAGAGAUGCCUAUAUUAUUAUGUUAUUUUGAUUGCCUACCAAAAAAAAAAAAAAAAAAGAUUUGUUUUCAGUUCUCUGGCUCUGCAAGUCUUUGUGAUCACAUUUGUUAAAUUGAAUCUGAGAUUCAAAUAUUUCAUUUAAUAUUUUCUGGGUUUUGAUAAUGGGAUAUUCUGUAAGAUAAAGCAAGUAAUCCUAGAGUGAUUUACUUUAUGUUUAGCCAUCCACCAUUUUCGUAUUUCUCUACUCCUCCCAUUCUCCAUUUUUAAAAGGAAAUUUACAAAUGUCUUCCCUUAUCCCUGCCUCAGAUAAUUUUUCCCUGAACUCAUCUUGUCAGCAGAAACAUUUAAUAUGAAAUAAUUCUAUAUUUCUGAGACAAGAUCAAUACAGUAGUUCUUUACAUUGAGCUGAGGUGAAUGUAUACUUAAAAAUACUCUAUUUUCUUUUUAUAUGAACUUAAAAUUUUAAAAAUCAUAUAUGGGACUCCCCAGUGUGAAAAUACUAGUCUGGACAUUCUCUUGCCAUCAGGUGCUAUUUCUACCUUAGCUGUGAAUUAGACUAAAUCCAAACUUUGUAUCAUUUAUCUUUUUAUAAUAUUUAACUUCCCUAGAAUCACCCCAUCUCACGUCUUUAACCCCAACUUCCAACAACUUUUCUGCUUUUAUUUUCAAAUGCCAAAUUGUAUUUUUGUGUUUUAUUUUCUCAUUGAAGUGUAAAAGUAUCACAUACAUGAAGGAAUGACUGGUUUAGACAUUUACUUUGGCAUAAUAAAGAUUGAUAUUAAUACCACCCACCAUCCCUUUCCUCUAGCCCCAAAAAGAAACGUUUGACAACUCAAAAACGAUUAAAUUAUCUUAUCUUGUUGUUUAAUAGAACAGUAGAAGCUGUUUCUUCAAAAUUAAAAUAUUUUACCAAAAAAAUACUUUUUUGUAUUUUAAUCUGAUAGUGAAUUUGGGGAUUAUUUAUGUAAAUGUAUCAUAAUUAAUAGUAAUUAUGAGUUAUUUCACGCUCUGUAAUUUGUGAUACCCAAGACUCAUAAUUUAAUGUGAGGUGUUUUUUGAGCCUUUUUUGUUGUAUCUUGUUUUCUUAACUUUUUACAGUGUUGUUAGAUUAUCAUGGUCACAUCUCGGCAUGUGGAUCUCUCCUGUGGAUCAGCUGUUCUCUUAAGAGUCAGGCCAAGGAGGUUUUUGCUACAUGGUCGUAGUUGGAUAAUACAGUAUUAUUCUGAACUAUCUGAAAUUGUUGGUUUUAUCGGUCAAAUAUGAUCAGAUGCUAGCAAUUUCAUAAUAGAUAUAUUCAAGAAGGAAACAAACAAAAGAUCUUUUAGAAUAGAUAUGUUAACUUCUCAUCCUAACCCUAUCAACAUAUCAGAGGCUUUAUGAAGGAGACUCUACAGAUAACCACAAAUCUUAUCAAGAAAAUUCUCCUUAAAAAAAAUUAUCCUUUAUUUUGUUGUCAAAUUUCCCAGUUUUCAAAAAUGUUUUAUCAAAAUGACUUCAUAAUUGAAGCAAAUACCUUUUGGAAGUAUAUAUGUUACAUAAGACUUUCACUAAAUCUGUGUGUAGUUUAAAGCUUUUAUAAUCUGAGAUAUUGUUAUAUAUUAGGUUUGUGCAAACUAAUAUAAAAGAAUUCAUCUGUAAGUAUCAUUUAGAGGCAAAAUGAUUUUCCCCCUCACAUCUAGUAUGGACUCAAAUUUUGUCAACUGGAGUUUUAUCCUCUUGGUAGGCAUUCUAAAUUAAUGAAUACUGCUCUGUGGUAUAGUAAACAAAUUUGCCGUAAAAUGCCAUGUAAAGAUUUUCUUUAUACCUUUAUUUCAUUAUAAGAAUAAAAGUAUAUGAGUUGAAGAUCACAUAAAAAAUAUGAAACUCCUACACAGGAAAUCCCCAAUUUUGUGAUUUAAUAGGUUGUAAAAAGAGUUCUUCCAAAUUCAGACUACAUCUCAUAAAUAAUAUUAUAAAUAAUAAGGGUAAAAGAUUAGCCAACAAAAGCUAAUCUAGUACACCGUAGAGGUACUCUAGGUGUCUUGGUUUUGGUUAGAUUUUUAUAGUGGAGAAAGGUUACUUUGAUCUCUCAAUAAUUGCUUGGUACACUUCUUCCUAGGCAAUAUGCUCAUGAUACCCUCUUCAUGUGACCUAUUCCUCAAAUGCUACAUUCUCCAAAACUUCCCUACCUGCCUUCUAUCCCCCAGCCACUCUUAUCAAUACUUCCAAAAUAUAACCUAUCUCAAGUGUUAGAAAUUUGCUUUAACUAAUUUAUAUUAAAGUGUUGGUGACUAUAGCCCUUUUAUCUCUCUUAAAGAGAAAUCUGCAUUAAAAGCAAACACGUUGCUGUUAGCUCAAAUUAAUCUCAAUGAGUAGAAUGUUAAGCUUUAAAACAAAAGUGGAAAUAAUUUAAAUUAGUGUUGAUGGGACUAUUUUGAGGCAAGAGCUACCAUUAAGUGACCUAGCUUGGAAAUCUGCCCCCUUUGCCCAAACCCAUGUUAUGUCUGAAACUGCUGUAUAUUUUCAGUGACCUUGAGAAAGGGAGCUAGUCAUUUGUAUUUAUGGGCCUUAUGAAGUCAGGGCCUGCUGAUCCUGUUUUUAAGUUCAAGGGCAAUGCCUGAAGCAUCCUAGAUCUCCUUCACCCUCAUUCUACCUGACCGACAGCUAGGUCUGUCUUCCAGCUCUUUCUCAUUGAUAUUACAUUUACAGAUGAAAAGCCUUUUCCCACUUUACUAUUACCAUUUUUCAAGAGCUAUAAAGGUAGAAAAGGUAUUCCUUUUCAUUAUUCUAAGAAAUAUAUCAUUUUUAAAUAGCUGGCACUUAGCAGUUUAGUUUUCCAAACUUUAUUCUGAAUCAAAUUGCUGAGGUGAUUCUAAAUGUCUACUCUUGAUUUAUUAUAUAAACAUCUAAUUAGAAAGUGUUUAUGCUAAAGACUUGUAUUUUGUGGCAUUAGUUCUUCAUGUUUUUUAUAUGUUUAUUAAAAUUGUUCACUUCCAAAUGAGUGGAAAAGUUGCUGUUGUUGGGAUGUACAGGGCAAGUGCACUUGGUUAGAGCAUGAACUGAGAAUUUCACAUUAGCUGAUGUGCUUUGCACUCUGCUCUUGUAGAUUUAUUUUGUUUACAGUAGACUGAUGUCAGUUUUUGUAAAUGUUUUUUCUUAGCACUUUAACUGUGAGUGUACAAACUGAUUUUAAAUGUAGUGGUUGUAUAUUUUGGUUAUAAAUUGGAAAUUUUUAAUAAAAUUAAAUAAUUUGUUCUCUUUUC